AUGACAAUACUCGUAGGAUUAUUAACAAUUUUUGCGAUCUCAUCGAGUAUCGUACAAGCCGAAUUACCUCCGGGUGUAACGGCAUGCCCAAAAACAACGGAUCUUCAAAUUUAUAACAAAUGUGUAUUAAAACAAUUGGAAGCUAUUGUACCAUAUUUAGCUAAAGGUAUACCGUCCUUGAAAUUACCGCCAUUGGAUCCACUUUUAUUACCAUCUCUAACAGUAGAUAGAAAUUUAGAAGCGCUUAAGAUCAAGGCCAACAUGAGCCAAAUUCGCGUUUACGGUGCUACGAAUUUUUUGGUAGAAGAACUUAAAGCAAAUCCGCAUGAUUUAACGGUUAUGAUAAAGGUACAAUUACCUCACGUUCAUGUAAAGGGUGAUUACGAUGUUCAUGGUAGAUUAUUGUUAUUACCAUUAAACGGUGCUGGCAGUUUCAAAGGAAAUUUCACUAAUACUGAGGCAAUAGUUAACGCACAAGGUAAAGAAGUUACCGACAAAAAUGGUAUACAAAGAUUGGAGAUUGAUAAAUUAAAUACCAAAAUUCGUGUUGACCAUGGAAAUAUUAAAUUGAAGACACCACCUUCUCAUACCGUUGCUGCGGACGCAGCAGCAACGUUCUUCAAUUCUAAUCCACGAUUAGUACUUGACAUAGCAAGUCCUAUCAUCGAGGACACAGCUGCAACUAUUAGCAAUGCUUUAGCAACUCGUGCACUCAGUGUUCUUACCAGAGCUGAAUUGGUGCCCUGAUUCAUCA